AUGCGUACCGCCGCCGUCCUAUCUGUGCUGCCUCUGGCACUUGCUGCUCCCUCGAAGAGAGCCCAGCCGGCGCCUCUCCUCAAACCCCGAGGUGGCCAACUUGUUGAUGGGAAAUACAUCAUCAAGUUGAAGCAUGAUGCCCAGGACGGAGCUCUUGGCAUGGCCAUGAAAACCCUUUCAAGCGAUGCCGACCAUGUAUACAACUCUGGAAAAUUCACCGGCUUUGCCUCCAGCCUCACAGCCGAGGAAUUGGAUGCCCUGCGAAACGACGACUCUAUUGACUAUAUCGAGCAAGACGCCAUCAUCACCAUCAAGGCCACACAGAGAAACGCAGACUGGGGCCUGGCUCGCCUGUCCAAUGCCAAGUCUGGCAGCACCACGUAUACGUACGAUGACUCGGCAGGGGAAGGCACCUGUGCCUACAUUGUCGAUACGGGUAUUGACACGACGCACCCGGAAUUCGAAGGGCGAGCUGAAUUCUUGGCCAACUAUGCUGACAACGACGACACUGACGGGCAAGGACACGGCACGCAUGUUGCCGGAACCGUAGGCUCGGUCACUUAUGGUGUUGCCAAGAAGACCAAGCUGUUCGCUGUCAAGGUCCUUGACUCUAGCGGCGAAGGAACAAACUCCCAGGUGCUGUCCGGAAUGGACUUCGUCGUUGAUGACGCCCAGGGACGCGAAGACUGCCCCAAUGGCAUCGUCGUCAACAUGUCCCUCGGUGGUCAGGUUUCCUCUGCCAUCAACCAGGCGGCCGCCGCAAUUGUCGAGGCUGGCCUUUUCCUUGCCGUCGCAGCGGGCAACGAGGCGGCUGAUGCCUCCACUUCUUCGCCAGCUUCGGAGGAGUCGGUCUGCACCGUCGGAGCCACCGACAUCGACGAUCAGCUCGCCGAGUACUCCAACUUUGGCAAACUCGUUGACAUCCUCGCACCUGGUACCGAUAUCGAGAGCACAUGGCUCGAUGGUAAAACGAACACGAUCUCCGGCACUUCGAUGGCCAGCCCUCAUAUUGCCGGCCUUGCUGCCUAUCUGCUCGGCCUGGGAACCGCACCAAAGGAUCCCCAGGAGCUUUGCAGCUACAUCGCACAGAGCGCCCUCUCCGAUGUUGUCUCGGGUGUCCCAAGUAGCACUGUGAACUUGCUUGCAAACAACGGCGAGUCUGCCAACAGCACUGGGGCCAGGCACAUCAAGAGGCGGUCGGCCCCUGCCGCUAUCCCGGCCUUCGGUCGUUUGGCAAGGCGACACUAA